AUGUUGCAACUGCUCACCACCUGUUCACCUCUUCUUCUUUCUCUAGCACGGCAGUACCCUCACGAGGAGUCGCAGAACGAAAGCGAGGAGCUUCCUUGGAGCGAACAGAGAUACCGACAGGACAUUCCGGACCGUGCCAAUAUCAAGAGGCAUACUGGCAUAAUCCGUCGGCCAUCCCCAUCAAACCCAACUUUUGCAGCUCAAGUUGCUGGAGACGAAAGUCCAUCGGAGCUCGCCGCAUCUUCCUUCCGUCUCUUUGCUUGCAAUACCUAUCAUCGGGCUGGUCUACACACUCCGCACCUAAACAUUGUUCACUGGCCCUUGGAGAUUCUGGUCGAGUCCUCUCUCAGCUGUCACGGUGCCCAGGCGUAUUUCCAUACUCCAACUGGGGCACUCCUCUCCCCCUCCCCGCCUCCACUCUUUGGCUCUGGUAGCACUCACACGGGCAGCUCUAGCAGUGGGCAGCUGCACGUCCAUCGCAUUAGACGGCUGCACCUUGCAACUGCCCGGGAUCCCGCUCUGAAAUCUGAUUUCCCCGGGCUGGCCUCUUCAUUUACACCCUUGCAACAACCUUACCUUCCAUCUUCCUCCGUCCAGGUUGGUGGCUGUCACUGCCCUGCCUUGCGGCUUAAACCGUUAACGAUCCCCCAUCCCAUCCGCCCCAAUCUUCGAUCCUCCCCUACCUCGCUACCUGCCUUCUCCUUCCAUUGCAAGACCCAGAAGACCACCCACCACGUUCGCCCGCCAGAGCAGCCGCAGAAGAGACCGGAUCCAAGCAACUGA